GCGGUGAGUCGUGCCGGUCAAUCCUUAACGCAGAGAGGGCAGCUAGCUGGGUCGAACAGUGUCGGGAGGGGUUGCCGAGUGGGUCUGUGGCGAGGCAGGAUAAGGCGGCCGGCACCAUGUCGAGGCAGGCGAACCGUGGCACUGAGAGCAAAAAAAUGAGCUCUGAGCUCUUCACCCUGACCUAUGGGGCUCUAGUUACCCAGCUCUGCAAGGACUAUGAAAAUGAUGAAGAUGUGAAUAAACAGCUGGACAAAAUGGGCUAUAACAUUGGAGUCCGACUGAUUGAAGAUUUCUUGGCACGGUCAAACGUCGGGAGGUGCCAUGACUUUCGGGAAACUGCAGAUGUCAUCGCCAAGGUGGCAUUCAAGAUGUACUUGGGCAUCACUCCAAGCAUCACCAAUUGGAGCCCAGCUGGUGACGAAUUCUCCCUCAUUUUGGAAAAUAAUCCCUUGGUGGACUUCGUGGAACUUCCUGAUAACCACUCAUCCCUUAUUUAUUCCAAUCUCUUGUGCGGGGUGUUGCGAGGAGCCUUGGAGAUGGUCCAGAUGGCUGUGGAAGCCAAAUUUGUCCAGGACACUCUGAAAGGAGAUGGUGUGACAGAAAUCCGGAUGAGGUUCAUCAGGCGGAUUGAGGACAACCUCCCAGCUGGAGAGGAAUGACCACCCCCAGGACUUCAGGGUAGCCAGCAGGAGCACUUGCUGGAAUCAGAAAGCCUCAGUGCUCCUUCUGCCUUCGAGAAUUCAGUGACUCUUUGACGGGUGUUAUAUAUUCUUCUAACCUUGUUUCCAUUCUCUCCGUGUUAAUAAAGAGCAGACUGUGAUAUAGUCCGUUUACCUACAAGUGUGCGCAUUCAGGAGGGAAGUUCUCUGCUCCCUUUCCCUUCAAAGGGGCUGGAUGUAGUCAUCCUUGGUUGGACUAGAAGGAGCUCAAACCAUUUUACAUUCCUGUUUGAAUUUUCCAAAGCAGAACCCACUCUGACCCCAUUAAGAGGCAAACCUCAUACACCUAUACCUGGGUCUUCAGAAAGUCAUUGGUGAAUGACUGUAGGGAGUCCAGGACUCACUGGACAGGGAGGAGAAGAUGGGAGGGGCGGGUCGGAUUUGCUGGCUGGAGUGUGAUACACUCUAGUGCUUGCCAGGAAAGGGGAGCCAGUCAUGCCAGAAACAUUGACUUCUGGGAAACCACCCAGGUCUCUCAUUCCUCCCUGCUGUUUGGAGGCAACAUCUCCUCUUUUUACAGAGGGUCCAUCUUUUUUUCUUACGAAUUCUUCAAUAAAGACACAUUCUUGAGUGAAAUCCCAA